GGCAAAGAAUCCCCAGUCCCUUUCACUCCACAUUUCUGCAUUCGUGAUGGCUCUAGAUUUGGAUACAAUUGACCAUCUGUGCGACUUCAAGGCCACGAAAGCGAAGCAUGACCAGCCCAAGCCAUGAGCAACACGCUGCAGCGCUGCACGAUAGUACGCGUCGCGUGUCCCACCCAGACUCCGAGGAAGCUGUACAGAUAGAACGUCAACGCGUUGCGCAAGAGCUGGGGCCGUAUGAACGACGCGAAUCAUCGAGAAUAACGUCACAUGAGGCCAGUAGACAUGACGGUCCCCUUUUACAGACGUGUCGAAUAUCGAACAGGAGCUCGACCGCGUCCAACGCGCUGCUUCAGAGUCGUGGCCCACUAGACAUAUAUGCUACUGCGCGGCCUGAUGCACCGCGUUCGCAAGGUAGCUCUGUCCGAGAGAGGCACUGGUACAGCCCUAUCGUGGAGUUUUGGACGACGCAUGUCAGCCUUACCAUAGAUGGAGGAGCUCAUAGAGAUCACUUAGCACUUGAGCGCACGUUCCUUGGAUAUCUGCGAACCUCUUUGAUCCUUGUCAUGACUGGCGUCAUUACCGCGCAGCUCUUUCGUAUACAAAGAUCGGCGCAUCCGAAUCCUGUAAUCGGGUUCUACGUCGUUGGUGAGCCGCUAAGUGUGGCGUUCAUCGGAAUGGCAAUCUUUGUGCUGCUCGUUGGGGCGAUUCGCUUCUGGAGGCUACAGAGUGCGUUAGUCAGAGGGAAGGCGCUGGCAGGCGGAUGGGAGAUAGCUGUGAUCAUGGCAAUGAGCGCUCUUUUGUUAGUCGCAACGUUUGCGUUAGUAUUGGCCAUCAACAUUGACAAAGCCAAGUAGUAAGACCCAGGAACCCGAUUCCUUUUACACACGAUAGCGUAUGAAGUCAAGUCAAGGUUGGAACUCAAAGACAGCAACUAGCCCAACAUGUGCAUGAUUGGGGUAGGCACAUGCGAACUGACGCACAAAGCUACCCCAAAAAAUUGGAGCUACAAGUGACACCGAUGAUAUCAGAAUACAGAUAAGCCAUACCAAGCACCAGUUACGAUGUUCGCACCACUCUUAUCUACGUUCGGUGGAUACCCUGUUCGAUCUGCACAACUUAGUACACAUCCGGCA